CGGCAAGCGCAGCACUUUCCUCGGCUUUGACAAGCCCGCUCAGCCCGGCGCUGAGCGCGGAGCUGGGCCGAGACCGCGCCAUGCAGGAGACGCCAGCCUCGCUGUCCACGGAGCCGGGCCCCGGUCCCGUGCCUGCCUUCCUCGGCAAGCUGUGGGCGCUGGUGGGAGAUCCGGGCACCGACCACCUGAUCCGCUGGAGUCCGAGCGGGACCAGUUUCCUCGUGAGUGACCAAAGCCGCUUUGCCAAGGAAGUGUUGCCCCAAUACUUCAAGCACAGCAACAUGGCGAGUUUUGUGAGGCAGCUCAACAUGUACGGCUUUCGGAAGGUGAUGAGCAUCGAGCAGGGCGGCCUGCUCAGACCCGAGCGCGACCACGUCGAGUUCCAGCACCCGAGCUUCAUGCGUGGCCGCGAGCAGCUACUGGAACGCGUGCGGCGCAAGGUGCCCGCGCUGCGAAGCGAUGAAGGCCGCUGGCGCCCCGAGGACCUGGGCCGGCUGUUGGGCGAAGUGCAGGCUUUGCGGGGAGUGCAGGAGAGCACCGAGGCGCGGCUGCGGGAGCUCAGGCAGCAGAAUGAGAUCUUAUGGAGGGAGGUGGUGACACUGCGACAGAGUCAAGGUCAGCAGCACCGGGUGAUUGGCAAGCUGAUCCAGUGUCUUUUGGGGCCACUUCAGGCUGGACCCAGCAGUGCAGGAGCCAAAAGGAAGCUGUCCCUGAUGCUGGAUGAGGGGAGCUCAUGCCCAAUGCCAGCCAAAUUCACAGCCUGUCCUCUACCUGGCACCCUCCUGCAGGACCCCUACUUCAUCCAGUCGCCCCUCCCAGAGACUGUCUUGGGCCUCAACAGUCCUCACAGGGCAAGAGGCCCCAUUAUCUUUGAUAUCCCUGAAGACUCUCCAUCCCCAGAAGGGGCCAGGCUUUCUCCAUCCAAUGGUGGCAGGAGGGAGAAGGGCCUGGCACUGCUCAAAGAAGAGCCAGCCAGCCCAGGGGGGGAAGGCGAGGCCAGGCUGGCCCUGGCCCUGGCCCCAAACGAGUGUGACUUCUGCGUGACAGCCCCCCCACCGCUGCCUGUGGCUGUGGUGCAGGCCAUCCUGGAUGGGAAAGGGAGCUUCAGCCCUGAGGGGCCCAGGAGUGCUCAACAGCCUGAACCACAGGAGCCCAGGGAAAUACCUGAAAGGGGGUCUCUAGGCAUGGAGCGAGGGGGCCGAAGCCCAGAGAAUCUGCUGCCUUCAAUGCUGCUUCGGGCUCCCUCUGAAAGUGUAGAGACUGCAGGAUCCGUAGAUGUGGUGGGCCCCAAUCUCCAAGGGAGAGAAUGGACCCUGAUGGACUUGGACAUGGAGGUGUCUCUGAUGCAGCCCAUUGUUCCAGAGAGGGGUGAGACUGAAUUAACAGUCAAGGGCUUAAAUUCUCCAAGCUCAGGGAAGGACUCCACAUUUGGAACACCACUCCUGCUGGACGUCCAAGCAACUUUGGGAGGCCCAGCCCUGGGCCUGCCUGGAGCUUUAACUAUUUACAGCACCCCUGAGAGCCAGGCCUCCUAUUUGGGUUCUGGAGCCAAUCCCUCCCCCUGAGACCAGCUCUACACAAAACCAUUCCGAGGAGCUCCACGCACUUCCUGCUCAGCUUUUGGCAGCCCCUGGCGGAAGUUGGAAGUUGAGAGAAGCCCCUGUUACUCGGUUCCCUACUCCAUAACCAAGUCCUGUACAUAAAUGGCAUUGUUCCCUCCUGUG